AUGUCUGCGUCUACCUCUUCUGGUAAAAUUCAUUUUGUCAAUGACUCGGGGCUUCCCAACGUCCUGAUCACUUCAGCUGUUGGAGCUGUGGUCAACGUAGCCCUUAGGUGCAUCUGGUAUUUACUCAAUACCAAAGGGAUUAUUAAUCCUGACACUAAACAUGAAUUUGAUUUAAUUCAUAAUAUAAUCGUCUGGAUUUUUAGGAAUUCUUAUGUAGCAUAUUUAGACAGAGUCUAUUUUCAGCUAAAAGGUCUUCCUAUGGGAAAUCCCUUAUCACCUAUCUUAGCAAAUUUGUAUGCCUGUGCAGUUGAGACUUCAGCUCUCAAAGAUUUGCACAUACAAUUUGAACCAGAUAGUUGCAUAUUUGUUAGGUCUUAA